UACAAAGCAAAAUGCCAGUCCAGCAUCGCCUCUGACCUCUCCCUUUCUCUCUCUCUCUCUCUCCAUUGCUGGACGGAUCUUUGCUUGGCUCAAAGGAAAAAACCCCCAUUUCAUCUCCAUACGGCUUUGGUUAUCUUUCUCUCUCUUCACCAUCAUUGUGUGAGCUUGGUGUGAUGGUGGGUUGUAAUGAGUGAGCAAGGAAAAGGGGCUUAGCCCAUUGAUCGGCAUCUCCAUCCCUCCACUUUCAUUUCUGGCUUUAUCUCUCCUUUUUGUGAGCUUUUAUUGAUGCUUCUACCUUCUUUUUUUUUGGGUUGCUUCUCCAUUGGAAAUGAGCAUGCAAGUUUUGUUUGGUUGCUUUUUUUAGUGAGCCAUUGAUCUCAAUUCUGCCAUGGAAAUGGGGUAAAAUGAAACUGGCUUUUAGAGGGAUGUUUUAGCAACUGAAACGAACUUCAUUUCAAUUUUUAACUCAGCCCAGAAAUUUCCUAGAUUUUUUUUUCUCGAUUUCCAACUCCAAUCACCACAAUGAGAAAGCACGGCUGGCAGCUUCCUUACCACCCACUCCAGGUGGUUGCUGUUGCUGUAUUUCUGGCAUUGGGGUUUGCUUUCUAUGUGUUCUUUGCCCCUUUUGUUGGGAGACAAUUGUUUCAAUACAUUGCGAUGGGGAUUUACACUCCUCUUCUAGCAUGCGCGUUUGGUCUAUACAUUUGGUGCGCUGGUGCUGAUCCUGCUGAUGCCGGCGUCUUCAAGUCGAAAAAAUAUCUUAAGGUCCUCGAUAACAAGGAGCAUAACAAACAGAACGCGUGUAAGCAUGGUGGAGAGUCAACUUCCUCUGCCGUAGAUGGCAAUGCUGCAGCUGUUGAAGGGGAAGCUAAUGAAAAAGGAAGAAAUGAUGUUGAAUCAGCAGCUGAUAGGAACACUGAAGCUGAAAAGAACGAUUCGUCACCUCAUAGGAGCAUUUGCAGUGUGGGCUUGUUGGCUUUACUGCCUUGUGCCUACUUUUGCACCUCGCACGAAGAGUCCUCUGAUCAUCAGAGUGAAGAUGGGAUGUUCUACUGUAGUUUGUGUGAAGUUGAGGUUUUCAAGUACAGCAAGCAUUGUAGGGUUUGUGACAAGUGUGUUGAUCGCUUUGAUCAUCAUUGCCGGUGGCUAAACAAUUGCAUAGGCAAAAGGAACUACAGGAAGUUUUUUACUCUUAUGGUGUCGGCACUUCUCUUGCUUAUUAUUCAAUGGUCAACUGGAAUCCUUGUACUCAUCCUGUGUUUUCUCAAGAGGAAAGAAUUUGCUACCGACAUCAGCUCUAAGCUAGGAAGCAGUUUUUCCAUAGUCCCCUUUGUAAUUGUUGUGGCAGUGUGCACUAUAUUGGCCAUGAUAGCAACUCUGCCUCUUUCUCAGCUAUUCUUCUUUCACAUCCUUUUGAUCAAGAAGGGAAUCAGCACCUAUGAUUACAUUAUAGCUCUAAGGGAGCAAGAUCAAUUAGGUGGCGGUCAACAAAGCCCUCAAAUGUCACCCGUUAGCUCCAUUACAGGAUUAAGUAGUGCCAGCUCCUUCAACACUUUCCAUCGGGCGGCAUGGUGCACCCCACCACGUCUGUUUGUUGAGGAUCAGUACGAUGUUGUACCUCCUGACAACGGGUCUGUGAGCUCACUCGGGAAGAGAACAAUGGUGGAAGAACAAAGCAAGAAAAAGAACCCUGCAGCAGUAAAGAUCAGCCCAUGGACUCUAGCUCGUUUAAAUGCAGAGGAUGUUUCGAAGGCUGCUGCAGAGGCAAGGAAGAAGUCCAAGAUCUUAAGGCCUGUGGUGAGGCAUGAGUCCAACAGCUAUGCUCAUGAAACAGACAGCAGUUUCGGCAGUAGUGGUCGGAACACGGCUCUUAGGCCUGACAAUGGUAGGAAACGAGGGAGCAGGCGCAUCCGCCUACCCACAGACGUGCCUCUUCAAUCUCUAUCGAAGCUUCAAAGUUUCGAUGCCCAAAAUAUUAGAGAUCAUCAUCAUCAUCCCACAUCAACCAGUUUGGCUCCUCUGCAGCUCGAAGCCCGGAGUGAUUUCCGGGGAAUGCCAGCUGUGAACGUGGCUUCCUCGCCUGAGAGCAGUAGCCUAGAUUCCCCCGACAUUCAUCCUUUCCGGGUCUCCUCAUCCGGAGCUGAAGAGGGGAGGAGGCUAGCCGGGCUGUCUUCCACUGCCCUGGCCGCUCAGAAGGACAUCCCGUUGUCAAGAUCGACUAGCGAUGGAUAUGAUGCAUCCGGCGGUGAAGAUAGCGACAGAGUGCCUACGAGGUUUCUGCAUAGGCCUAACAACUGGAACAACAUGCUGUUUGGGUCUGAAGCAGAGAGAAGUAGCUCAUCAAGAUUCAUUGCACCGACAUCGGCGACCUUCUCUAGUCAUAGGAAUCUUUGAGGAUAGAAGGGUGAUUCAUGAGAUUCUUUCAAUUGUUGGCCGAGGUCUUAAAAAACGCAGUUGGAAAUUCUGAUGCAACUUUGAAGAGGCAGAGACUAAUGUUUGCCUGGUGAUUUUUUUUGUUUUUUUGGAGGGAGCUAAAAAAAGGAAUAAUUGCAGUUUGAGAGCUCUGCCCCCACCAUUGAUGAAAGCUUGCAGCAGAAUCACUGACUUUGCCAUGUAAAUUUAUGUCUGUGGCAUAAAUUUGUUCAUUGUCUAAGUUUCGGUUACAAGUCAGUUGAUUUGUUAGUGAUAGUGGAAAGACAAAAUUUGUUCUAUAUCCUCCUUUUUAAGCA